GUGGACUCAUUCAGACGACGUCCAAAAUGGCGGUCGCUCAAAGUCGAGGAUUUAUUGAGACUUUUGAAGGAUAUGUUGCCCCUACUAAAAGUCUCUCAGUCCCAAACCAUUUACUAGAUACAAAAAUCUACAGUAAAGUUGCACAGAAUGAGUUGCUGCAAAUUAAACCUUCUGUGGUCCAUUUUGCUGGUUUUAAAGUUGGUCAAAAACAGACUAAAGUUGUGAAAAUAGCCAAUGCUUCUUCAGAAACUCAAAAGAUGCAUAUCAUCCCACCAACUUCAAAAUAUUUUUAUAUCAAAUACAAUAAAAAUGAGAGGCUUGUCCCUGGGUUGUACAUUGAAGUCACAAUAGAAUUUACUCCAGAUGAAUGGAGGUAUUAUUAUGACUGCAUACGGAUACAUGUACCUGGUGGUGGUGAAGCCACUUUACAAGUAACAUUUAAACCUAUUGACUWCUCUACAGCAAUACUCAAAUUGCAGCUUUUGAUAUCACAGUUCAACUCAGAACCAUUAGURUGUACUUUAACUGGAACUUCUCAACCUGGACUUACUAAAAAGUCAAAAGAAAUACCAAAUACACCUGAAAUAUCAGCUUUUCCCACAAAAGAAAUUCUAGACCCCUUACUGAUAGACCCUUUAGGAAGGACAAGAAUUAAGAAACUAAAGACAAAGCCAUGGAUCCCUGAUGACCAAAAACCAAAGAAUAUAAGCAAGGAUGGAUAUCAGAUUCCAUCAUCCGGGAAUAUUAACAGUACUCAUGCUGUAUCUGCAAUACUAAGUCAGCAGCAAGGCAAGCUAAAAGCAAAGGAUAUCAGAGAAGCUGUUCAGUCAAAUAAAGAUCUAGUGGGCUCCUCCAAGCAAAUGAAAGAAACUGUGUUUGAAUAUCAAGUACACCAAAAUGUUCAGGAAGAGAGGCAAAACCAACUGAGAUGGUGUGUUAGAUUAGGUGAGAAUGCCUUGACUGAUGAGUCCAAACAUCACAUUCAAGAAGAAAGACUUAGGGCAGAACAAGAGUAUAAGCUCAGUCGAGGUGAUCCAGUGUUAGAAAAUGAAUUUGAUAGAUCAAUAACUGGGUGCCAAACAAGACGAGUGCACAGACAAGCAACAGAGGUGCCUCAACAUCAACCACAAUUUGAUAUGUUGGUUAAUGAUGAAUGGAGUAAACGUUACAUGGUUACCAAGAAAUUUGUUCAAGCAGCUCGAAAAAUCAUCAUUCGUCUAAGGGCAACCAGAAAUGCUCACUCACUUACAGAUUUUGUGUCUGGUUGGAGAAAGGGCAAGUUUACUAAAGAUCAAACUAGGAGUCAAAUAGCAGAAAGUGAAGAAGAGAGAAUUUUAUGUAGAAUACCAACAACAUUCGAUCCAGCACUUGUACAUCCAUUCUCUUUACCUGCCUACAAAUCACCAGAUACAAAAGAUGACUUGGAUGUUGAUGCACUUGGAGUGCUAACAGUACAGCCGACAGGAGUGAAAGUAAAAUCCCAUGUUCCAUUUCAUAACUUAAAGGUUCCUAAACAGUACAGUUUACUGGGAUAUAACUCACACUCGGUCAUUGGUUCAUCUAGUGGAUAUGUACCUCCAAAUCUAAUGCGAACACUCAGAAUAGGGGCACAGGAUGAGUUAGUCAAUUUGCCUAGUGCAGCACCAAUUCCUAAUACAACAAGCCAAACAAGUCCUGGCCCAGAAACAGACGAUGAAGAAAAUGUUGAUAUCAAAGAUGGCACCACCAGCCCAACCGCAAAGUGGCCRGUACCAGAUGUGAUGACAGUGGAUACUGUGGCAGAGGCUGCCCCUUUGGUAGUACCUGCUGCAAUGUUUAAACCCAUUAACUACCACCCAUUGCACAUAUUUAACCCUGCUCCAGGCUUGCAGGUCUUCAAACCAAUGCUUCCUUAUAGUGAAGUAGAUGAAGACUACCAUGUUUGUCCAUUACCACAAUACAGACAGCCAAACAGAGGUACCAGUGGUAAACCAGGCCGACGCUACCUUGAGAGACAGGAUGUAAUACCUGGUGUCAUGACUUGGAAACGGUUUCCAUGCCAUCCUUUGGUAUCCAUGGUGAAUAACCCUACUCUGUCAAAUGUAUGGCUUCCGAGAUGGACAGACCCUUUCAGUGAAGACCUUCUACCGACUGAAGUCCCUCCACUCCUGGACGGCUUACCAGAGGAUGACGUCGUUAGCGAUGAUGAAUUUGACGAAGAAAAUGGUGACUUAAUUGAAGUUCCUGUUCCAACUCCCGAAAUGGUACGCGCCCAGUUUCCAACAGCUGAGAGUAUUCUUGGUGACCAAGAGCACCCACCCGCCCAGCUGAGUGAUAUAACGAUGCCAACUAAUUCUAAGCAAGCGGCCGCUGGUGCAGCAUCAAGCGCUCUUGUUUCAAGAGAGCAGCGUGAAAAGGAACUCGACGACUUCUUACGUCAAAGACAAAAUCGUCUCGGAACCAAAAUUGAUCAGCGAGUCAACUCCAUGCAUGAGCUGCUCAACAACCCAGACCUUGCUUUAAAGUAAGACAGAGAAGGUGUCCAGCAUGGAGACGGUAGAUCACUGUUGGUUAUUUAUAUCAUUAUUUCCCGAUUAGGGUUAUUUACAGCACAUGUAAAAAGGUUUUGAUAUUGUUAUAUAUGUAUUAUAGAUUAUUUGAAUUAUUAAAUUGACACCAAGUUUCAACAGA